GAUGAAGACCUUUGAUACCACAAACAACACAAUUUUUUAAUUUGAUCAGAUUUACCGUGAUUUCUGGCUCCUAUAUAAGAAGCUCAACAUGUGCGAACAUUAGUCUACCGUUUUCAGUGCUUCUUGGUCGAGUCCUUGGGCAGUCAUUUAAAAAUUGUGAUUAAUAAUCAUGUGGCGAGUAUGGAUUUUAUGUGCGUUAAGGGUGUUAUGUGCAACAGCAGGAUCUGUACCACCUACCAAUCGAGUGGUCGGAGGACAAGAAGCUAUACCCCAUAUGGCGCCGUACAUAGUCUCCCUGCAGUGGCAUCAUUUGGCAACAAAUGAUGCUCCACGGCAUUUCUGUGGAGGAGUUAUUGUGUCAAAUGAAUGGAUCCUGACAGCUGCUCAUUGCAUCACAGGAACACCUAAAGAUGGAUACAUGGUUGUGGUGGCUGGAAAGCACAAUUUGCAGAUCAAAGAGGAGGGAGAACAGACUCAACGAGUGGAUAGAAAAGUGACUCAUCAUCUAUUUGCCGGAGGAGUUGCUCCCUAUGACUUGGCCAUGUUGCACAUGGAGAACCCUUUAGAAUUUUCCGCAACUGUGAACAAGAUUGAAUUGCCUCAACCAAACAUUGUCGUAUCGGGUGAAACCGAAAUCUUUGGCUGGGGCAGUACAUCCAAUGGACUUUCGCCAGAAUUUCCCGCCAAACUUCAGUGGGCAACCCUUCCCAUUGUCGAAUGGAGUGAAUGUGAGGCUGCCUUAGGUGGACCAGAAAUAACUCAACUCCAUCCAACGAAUAUCUGCACAGGUCCCCUCGAAGGUGAUCGAUCAGCAUGUCAUGGGGAUUCAGGAAGUGCCCUAAUCCACAUGAAUCCUUACACAAACAAACACACGCUUGUGGGGAUCGUUUCAUGGGGAUUCUAUCCUUGUGGUGCCUUAGGAAGUCCUUCGAUAUACACUGAUGUAUCCCAGUUUAUCGAAUGGAUUCAACGCGUCGAACAGGGUCUAUAAACCAUAAUUUAAGUCAUCUUAAAAAUAUGUAAUGAUCAUCAAAUAAAAAAAUUAAUAAUCAUCCAAAUUAGACCUUACUCAGAGAUACAAAAUUCCAAAUGAUAACGACUCAGGAAGACUCAAAAGUCACAAUCGCUACUCUACUUAUUGUUUAAUACGUUUUAUAAUUGGUUUAUGAUACUUCUAUGAAGUUUGUGCCGCAGCUGCUGAAGAUCACACCCAAUUGUCGAUUUUUUAUUCUUUCAAUACGCUUCCUUAUCACUUUUACGGCAGGUUAUUUAACUGUUGUUGGUGUCUUCUUAUCUAAUCACUUUGCAAAUUUAAUGGGUUCUUCUAAAAUUCAAAACGGUAUCAAUAUUUUUUGCGGCAAAAUUUUAUUUUUAGGGAUUUCCUGAAAGAUGGUACUACUCAGAUAUGUUUCUUCAGAGCUUUCUUCUUAUCGCAAAAGUUGAAGUAAUGUAAAUCUAAAGCUUGAGGAAAACUUUCGAGUUGUAUGGAGGAAAAUUUUGUAGAAUUCGUCAAUUUUGAUAACCUGAUUUUAGAUUUAGAUAAAUGGGAUGCCUCCUUGUUCUAUGUGAUAAUUUUCUUUGCAUUUGCGGCGCAGUGAAUUUCACUAUGGUUGCGCUUUAAGUCCCUUGAAGAAGCUAAAACAUUUUAGUAUUUAGUACAUGCCUGCUCUCAUUUACUUUUGUGCAUAAUCGCCUUCUCUUUGUGUUGGUUCUUAUCACACCUCUCUCUCUCGUUUUUUAUUUGGUGGUUUUGUAACUGGAACACUAUUAGAAUUCGGGAAAAUAGUCGUGACAGAAACCAAUACAAGAAAAGCCGAUUAUACAGAAGCACAUGAUAUGAGAGUAGUCAUGUACUAAAAAAAACGUCUCUUUUCAUUUAUUAUUGGAAUAGCACAA